UUGAUAAGGCAGAAUGACGACCAGUUUAGAAGAAGAGGACAUAGUGACAGAGGGAGAGAGAAAUGGGGUGGAGUGUGGGACAGACGUGGUGAAAAUGAUUGGCAGAAGGCUCAGAAAUUAGGCAUUCAUUUAAAGAACGGAUUCAUGCAGCAGCAGAGCGAAGUAUUAAAUGAGCAGGAAGAAAUAGAAAACAAGGGUUGAAAAGGGCACCCUAUAUGAAUUGGCCUGGGCGAUUCAGACUGGCUGGGCAGGCCAGCAGAUUUGCAUAAGGUGCUCUAACUUUGCCCGAAGAUGCCCAGCAUCAUGGCUGAUUGGGGUCUCCGUGGCCUUCUGUCCCCACUCCUCCCUGACCCCUCUACGUGGCACUCUCGACCAGAGCCGGCCAUAGCUGUGCUAGGUUCUCUGGCCCUCUUGUUCAUCUGGUACUGCUAUCGUGUGGGAACAGGGCAAGUAGCCCCUGUGUCUCAUCAGCAAGGUGUGCCAACCGAAGAAGGAUGCCCUCGCCGUACCCUCAGGGGCGAUGCUAUCAACCAGCGCCUGUAUCGCAGCCUACGAGAUUAUGCCAAGCGCUAUUCGUGGUCAGGUAUGAACCGGCUGCACAAAGGUAUCCGGGACCAGGCCCAUUAUCAGCUGGGCGAACGGAUGGCGAUCCAGAAGCCCAGCGCCUUCUACCUCCCCGACUUGCCUUCGGCCCCCUAUUUUGCCCGCGAGUCCCAGCGUCACGAUGUGGAGAUUCUUGAACUCAGUUUCCCAGCCAUCCUGCGGGAAUUCGAGGGCAUUGCAAGGGACUUUGAACCCGGAGCCCCAAUGCCACGGGGAUGGAUGGUCAACGCCAACCCUGGUUGGCACAGUUAUUACCUUUACCGACAGGGGGAGUGCAUAGCACAGAAUUGUCGCAGCUGCCCAUGGACGUAUCGGGCACUCAGCGCACUACGCACCUUUAUCAACGCCAAUUGCUUUGGGAACGCCUGCUUUAAUGUCUUGCAGCCUGGAACUGUGCUACCUGGCACCUAUGGACCAACGAACACCAGGGUACGGUGCCACCUAGGGCUAAAAGUGCCACCUGGUUGUGAGUUGGUGGUGGGUGGUGAGCCACAGUGCUGGUCUGAAGGAUACUGCCUUCUGGUGGACGAUUCCUUCUUGCACACCACAGCGCAUAAUGGUUCCCCCAGCGAUGGACCUCAGGUGAUUUUUAUUGCUGAUCUCUGGCACCCCAACGUAGCAGGGCCUGAACGACAGGCAUUGGAUUAUAUCUUUGCCCCUGGACGAUAGAUGCUUGACCCAACAAGAAUUGGGGGCAUGGACACAAUCUCAAAAUAUUUGCUGCUCCUCACAAAAAUCAACCACUCCCUACACUCAAUAGUCUUGGACCUAGAGUCAUUGUUUUGCAGGCUGAAUAAGGCCCAAUGUGUAAUGCAAAAAUGACAAAGAGAUUUGCAAAGCCAUGAAAAUAUCUUUUUCUUCAAGGUGAUUCUGUGCCCUCUCAUAAAACUCAUCCUAGAGAUUUUUGUGAUCUGGGACAUUUUGGUUUUCUUUCUAGCACUGUAUAGUUCCUUGUUGGCUCCCCGCUCCCUCUCACAGCACUGCUCUGUUCAGCCUGUGCUGGUGGGAAUGUUGCUGACUACACUGUAGUACUAGUUACCCUCAAGUUUAAUGAAGUAUAUGAAAUCCACAUUCUGUAUUAAUAGUAUAGAUUUCUUCAGGGUUAUUUUGGGAAGAAAAGGAGGGUAAGAAAUUAACCAAAGUAAAAUAGUCUCUUUCUACACCUGUCUAUGGUAAAUUAUUGUUCUUUCACAAUAUCUGUAGCUCAAUAUUUGU